AUGGCUUCCAUAAGCUUGGGAAAUCGUUUUGACAACAAAUUCUCAAGAAUUCAAGUCGAUAAUGUCAUUUUGAGUGGCAAAAUAUCUAAUCUGCGAGAAAAGGUGUCCAAAGCAAUCAAUGCUCCUCCUGGAGAAAUAGAACUCAUUUACUGUGGGCGAUGUCUGCAGGAUGAAGAGACUGUGGAGUCCUAUGGUAUCACAGCAGGUGUGACUAUCCAUGUCAUGAAGAAAGUAGGAACUGAUAUAAGUCCCCCAGUAGCAGAACCACUUGAUGGGGCUGCCAUCCAACAGUUGACGACAGCUCUUCAAGAUGCAUUCCUAAAUGCUCCUACCAGUAGAAAUGUUUCUGUCAUCAAUCGCAUGCUCACUGCCCCAGAGACACUAGAAAAUAUUGUGGCUGCCACUCCUGGCUUAGAAAAUGACCCUGUUGCUUUGGCUAUACUGCAGACUCCACAAUUUGUGGCCUACCUGGCUGAUCCUUCAACAGUGCAAAAAAUACUUGAAGCCCAUCCCUGUGUUGGUCAGGCAGCAAUGAUGGUUGCAGCAGCCCUAAAUGAAGAGGCUGCUAAAGGGGGACUAACUACAACAUCAAGUGAAGGCAACCCAGGCCAUCCUGGUACCUAUUCACUUGAUCAGAUGUCAGAUGAUGAAGAUUUUGAUGGGCCACCACCUCAGCGUCCUCCCAAUUCUGGCCAAGCCAUAACAACAUCACAGCUAGCAGCUGCUCUAGCGGCUGCAACGCGUGGGCCACAACCAUCUGAUUCACAACCAGCUGCUAGCAACAGUGGCCCUCCAGUAAUCACAGGAGACUUCUUCCGACAGGCCAUGAUGCAAGCAAUGGAAAGUCCUGCGGCUGGCUCUUCAGCAGCCCCUGCUAGUAAUAAUACAACAACAACACAGCAGCAACAACAAGUUUUACAGUCACAACUACAACAGUUACGAGAGAUGGGUAUCACCGAUGAUGCAGCAGCCCUGCAGGCUUUACAAGCUUCAGGAGGUGACCUACAGAUGGCACUGUCUAUACUAUUCGGUGACAAUAUGUGAAGUCAUGGAAGGAAAAUGAACUGCAUUUAUUGGAUAUCUAAACAUUCAUAUGUGGAAGAGACUUUUGAAUUAGACCAGUGUUUUGCAAUUACGCGAGUUAUGGAUCCCCCUAAGAAUGGCAAUCGAUUCAGUUGAUCACCUUUGGUAUGAAGUUGACCAAAACUGAGCUCUAAAGGUUGUUUCUUAGGAAAUUUUCAAACCUCUCUGUUAUUUCCUCAUGUUUUUGGGAAACAGAUUAGCCAAAUAUAAUGGGGUUUUCAAUAUUGUUUUGAAAAUCUGUGAUUGCAGUGUCACAUUAGAUAUGUACUGGCUGUAAAUAUUAUUUAUUAAAACAAUCAAUUGAUCAGUAAAGAUAUUGCGUUUUGUUUCUUCUUGAUACUAAAGCUUUAAUUCCCUGGAAUGGCAAUGCUGGAGACAGUCAUGGACUUGAAGGUUAGCCCAAUGAAAUAGUUGAAAUUCCUUCACCACCCCAAUAUGGUCCCUGUGAUGCAGCCGUUGAUGAAAUACUAACCAUGGUAUGACAAAUUCAGUUAAAUUUCCCAAAGGGGCAUUUAUAAUUCACAUCAGACCUGGCAUGCCUAAUCUUGUCUUGGUAACCUUGAGACUGUCU